AAAAAAGAAGACCUCACGUCACGUGAUCGCCCGUUCCUCCCAAACCCAUCAUUCGAAGCCCAACGUUCCAUUUCUGGCCCGUCCGUCUGUUUCAAAACGUGCAUUUUUGACGAACAGACAAUUAUAAGAUGCUUUUGAAAGAAGCCGCGAUAUUCUAGCGACUCGCUAAAAGCAAGCACAUUUGUUUUGGGCCAGCUGACCUUAAAGUUAUUUAUUUGGAAGCAGGGGAAAAUUGACAACUCUCGUCAUGGCAGAGAACAACUUCCCUCCGCUGCCUCGAUUCAUCCCCCUCAAGCCGUGCUUUUACCAAGAUUUCAAUGAGAUCCCUGACCAGCGGCGCACCAUGUGCAAGCGCCUCUACUACUUGUGGAUCCUGAAUAGCGCCACACUGGCUGUUAAUCUGAUUGGCUGCCUGGCAUGGAUGUGUGGUGGGGGUGGAGCCACCAACUUCGGCAUGGCCUUCCUGUGGCUCAUCCUCUUCACGCCCUGCUCAUACGUUUGCUGGUUCAGGCCCAUCUACAAGGCCUUCAAGACUGACAGCUCGUUCAACUUCAUGGCGUUCUUCUUCGUCUUCAUGGCCCAGGUUGUGAUCAGCAUCAUCCAGACUGUUGGCAUUCCGGGUUGGGGAGUAUGCGGCUGGCUGGCUACCAUCACCUUCUUCAGCACCAACAUCGGCUCGGCCGUGGUCAUGUUGAUCCCCACCAUCAUGUUCACUGCAGUGGCCGUGCUCUCCUUCAUCGCCCUCUCAAAGGUGCAUAACUUCUACCGCGGUAGUGGCGGCAGUCUGGGAAAAGCCCAGGAGGAGUGGGCGACCGGGGCCUGGAAGAACCCCCACGUCCAGCAGGCGGCUCAGCAGGCUGCAAUGGGGGCCGCUCAGGGAGCCAUGCAGCAAAACCAGUACUCGGCAGCGCCCACCUACAAUUACGAUGACCCCAUGUAGGACAAGGACACGGGGGCGGGUUCUUCUGUCGAAGACCGACACAAAGGGAUGAAUUCAUAACACGACUCGUAAUUAGGUGCCCUUUGUUAGAAAUCACUUCACAAGCUGUUGGGUGCAAAUGUACUGUACAUUUACUGAACAUUAAUGUGAAUAAGUUACUUUUUGUAUCAGUGAAGCGGGACUGUGUCACAUCUCGGCAUCGUCAAUACUGGCAUUUAAUAUGUAACAUCUGGCUUGUUUACUUUUUUUUUUUUUAAAUUUGAAUUCCCAAACAGCAGAACAAGUCCCACGACAUUGAUCGAAUGAUUUUAGUUUCACUUAGCUUAGCAUAGCAACAUCAAAAACACCAAGGAUUUAAUGCACAAAUAUUCUUACAUAAAACUCUUAAACCACAAUUUGGCAGUCUUUUUCCGAGUCGGAUAAAUGAUUUUUGAACACCGAUUUUGUGACCUUUGGAUGUUGUGUCCGUUUGCUAAGAUAAGUUUACCGAGCUAUCUUGUAUUAAUUCUUACGGCUGAUGCACGAUAGAAAAAUGAAUAAUAACCAACUUCACAAUAUAAAUGCUUCAGACUUCAUUAUAGUCCAAUAUCAAACAUACAUUCCUAGCAUCUCAAUCACAUAAAAAUCAUGCGCUCAUUACGGGAGACUAUUGCAUUUAUGAUAUUUUGGCUCCAUUCCGUGAACUAUCCCAUUUUUCCUGCUUAACUUCCAAAUUAUGUGUCGUUAAAAUGGCCGCAGAUUCCAAAUCAGUCUUGAAUCUGGAAUUUGGACAUCCAAUGUGAAUGGUCUUUGUUGUAGGUGUGUGUGUGAUCAGUUUCCCCCCGCUGACAAAUUCUCCUUCUUACUGUAAAUGCUUAAAAAAAAAAAAAAGUAUGUUUCUCAAGGUAUGGCUGUCAUGUUCAUUCUGUGGCUGUUGAUAUUCCACAAGUAGGCGUCCUACGAUUAUUACCAUGAAGGAAAUAUAAUUUGAAUCUCGAUGAGGUUAAAAUGGAAGCGAAUAUUUUUGUCAUUGGUCACAGAUCCAAAUAUCUUCAAGAUUCCCUAGGUGGUUAUUUAUUGCCGGUGACUGUAUUAGAUUUGAAUGACGUGUGCAAAAAUAUGUAACUGACUGCUUUGUUAUUUCCAAAACGUGACUCGUCUUGUCCGAUCGUGACGAUGUGGUAUUUUAUAUGUACUUUGUUUAACCUUUCAGUUGUUAUUUUGUGUGAAACUGUUGAUGAUAUUUGGGUGACAUUUCAAGCACAUUAACUGGAAUGUUUUUUUUCUUUU